AUGGGCGAAGCCAACGUUGUCCACCGAACGCGCUCUGAGACUCAUGUAUUGACGUCUUCAACCACUCCACUCCUCCUCGAGACUCUUGUCAACCCUCUUAUACUCGACAACACCAUCCCUUACCUUCCUGUCUCGAGCCUGCUCAACCUCGCCCUUGCAAGCAGAGCAUUCCGCUGCCUACUCUACCAGACUCCUCGAGUCUUCCGACACCUGGACCUUACACGGGUCAAGACAGCCCAUUUCGACGUUGAUAACAGCGACCAAGGCCAAACCUGGCACAACGUCCAGCUUGACGAUUAUCUUACCGAAGAUGAUUUCUACUCUGGGCCGUUGAGGGGCGUCUUCUCAACCCUGAAGCGGCGCGACCUCCUCCGCGAUGUGCAGACCUUGGUCCUCGACGGCCUGUCCGUGACGGCCGAACUCUGCAACGACAUCAUCAACGACCCAACAUACAGCGUUCGGAUACUCUCCAUCCGAGAUGUCAAGAACCUGAACCACGGCAAGCUCCGCGGCGCCCUCCAGUACGCCUGUCGAGGCACCCGCCCCGAGGGCGCGCCGCGGCUCAAGGCCCUGUACGUGUUCGGGGCCAAGGACACCCUCCCCGACCCGGCAUCCGCCAACUCCAGCUCCAUCAGCGCCGAGUGGAACCAGAAGAGCCAGCAGGCCCUGAUCACCUCCCUCCAGCACGAGGGCGACGCCUGGUGGUCCAAGAGGGGCCGGAUGAUCAGCAGGCCCAUCCCCGAGGACUGGGCCAACUGCCUGCUGGCGUGCGAGGGCAUCAUCGCCUUCGACGCCGUCCUCUGCCAGGGGCCUCGCCACCGCAGCUCCCCCGUCUUCGGCACCACCCCUCUGCGCGCCAUGUGCGGCCCUGCCGUCGCCACCUACGCCGUCCCGCCCUGCGCAGGCUGCGGCAAGUGUCCAGAGGGCCCGACAGUCCCCGGCCUCGACUUCAGCAAGCAGGCCAUCCCCGUCCUCGCGCCUCCCCCGCUCAUGUCGUCGUCGCUCCGCGCGGCCACGACCCCCCGCGCGCCCGCGACGGCCUUCGUCCCCCGGUGCCUCGACUGCCUCCGCGAGCGGUACUGCCUCAGCUGCAACAAGUGGUGGUGCGAGUCGUGCUACACCGUCCCCGGGCACAACCGGCCCGGCGCGGCCGACAGCGUCGUCAUCGCCGACGAGGACGGGAGCGUGGCUUCCUUCGAGAUCAAGCCCGAGUUCCUCAACGCCAAAGCCAAGGCACGAGUAUCCAGAAGCUGCUGGGAAUGCGGCAUGAACUGUGCCUCAUGUAUUGAGAAAACUCAGAAAUCGUGCCGGAAGUGCUGCAGUGGUUACUGCCUCGUCCACAACGAAGGCUCGUGUACGAAAUUUGGUGCGUCUCGCGCGGACGGGGACUGA